AUGUAUUCCAAGAUCAUCGUUGUUCUCGCUCUGCUUGCUGCCGUCAGUGCUCAAUCUCACUAUGGCCAUCAGGAACACCAUCAGCCUCAGCACUAUCACCAUGAAGAAGAGCAUCACGGACCAGUACACUAUGAGUACCACUACGAUAUCCAUGAUGACCACCAUGGCGAUGUCCACGGACAGAAGGAGGCCCGCAAGGACGACUCCACCCAGGGCGAGUACUAUCUGAUCGAUGCCGAUGGUCACAAGCGUACCGUUACGUACCAUGUUGAGGGUAAGAGCGGAUUCAUUGCUGAGGUUCACCGGGAACCGAUCAAGGGAUACCAAGCACCUCAGCCUCAGCAUCACCACCAGCCACAAUACUAUCAUCAGGCUCCUGCUCACCAAAACUAUCAUCACUAG